ACUAUCCUUCCGAGGCCGAGGCACGUCCGCGUGUGCCGGAGGCGCGGUGGUGGGGUCGUGGGUCCCAGCCGGGUGGCCUAGGUUACUGACCGCGCCGCCGCGGCCGCCAUCUUGCCCGCGCCCGGACUCCCGCGGCGGGAGGGGCGGUGACCAAGCCGGAAGUGGCUGUGCGGUGGCCGCGCUGCCUCAUCAGGUCAGUGAGCGCGGCUCGGGCCGCGCGUCUCAGCACCUCCGACGGAGGCCCUGGUAGUGGGCUUGGGAGUGCCGGGGCCGCCGCGAGGGGCCCGGGAAAGCCCCGUUGAAAGGCCCGGGCGGGGGCGGACCCGGGGCCAUCUCGGAGCCGAGGCGCAGGGCGUCGCGUUCCGCGCUGCGGGAUAACCGCGCCGGGCGGCCGGCAGGGCCUAGUUGGGAGCCUCGGAGCUGCAGGAGGCCUCGGGGCGCGCUCGGACCUCGUCGGGGACGCUGGGGCCGAGCUGCGGUCAGCCGCGCGGCGAGUUCGUGCGGAACCGCGUCCUCGCGUUGGACGGGCUGCUCAGCCAGGUGUCUAGAGCGUGGGAGUGGCCCUCAGAUUCCUGAUUUACCCGGAAUAGCAAGAGCCUCGCUUUGGCUGUACUUUAUUAAAUACUUCCUAAAGGGCCUGUCACCCGGUUGGUUAGCUGUGUUCUGUGCUUGUAUGAGUAGUGAAAAUUCCGUAAGAGGAUGAAUAAAGCCUUCACGUGUGCCACGAGCAGUGCUAAAAUGAUUUGCAGAUGCCUGCAUUACAGGCCCUUUGUAUAACUGUAUUUUAAGGGAAAUUUGUGUAGUGCAUCUCCUUGAAGAUGGUGAGGGUGAAAACUUCCUGAAACUGCUGCUGUUGUUAUUUGUUACGAUUUUCAGUGAAUGGACCUGACUGGACUACUUGAGCACAUCACUAAACAUGAGCGGUACCAAACCUGAUAUAUUGUGGGCACCACACCAAGUUGAUAGAUUUGUUGUGUGUGACUCAGAACUGAGCCUGUAUCACGUGGAAUCUACUGUGAAUUCAGAACUCAAAGCUGGAUCUUUACGUUUAUCCGAAGACUCUGCAGCUACAUUACUAUCAAUAAAUUCAGAUACACCAUAUAUGAAAUGUGUUGCCUGGUAUCUCAAUUAUGAUCCUGAAUGCCUCCUAGCAGUUGGACAAGCAAAUGGUCGAGUUGUACUUACAAGUCUUGGUCAGGAUCAUAACUCAAAAUUCAAAGAUUUGAUAGGAAAAGAAUUUGUCCCAAAACAUGCCCGACAAUGCAAUACGCUUGCAUGGAAUCCAUUGGAUAGUAACUGGCUUGCUGCUGGGCUAGAUAAACAUAGAGCUGAUUUUUCGGUGCUGAUUUGGGAUAUUUGCAGCAAAUAUACACCUGACAUAGUUCCCAUGGAGAAAGUGAGACUUUCAGCAGGUGAAACUGAAACAACAUUAUUGGUAACAAAACCUCUUUAUGAAUUGGGACAGAAUGAUGCUUGUCUGUCUCUUUGUUGGCUUCCACGAGACCAGAAACUUCUCCUUGCUGGUAUGCAUCGUAACCUAGCCAUAUUUGAUCUUCGGAAUACGAGCCAAAAGAUGUUUGUAAAUACAAAAGCUGUUCAGGGGGUGACAGUAGACCCAUACUUCCACGAUCGUGUUGCUUCCUUCUAUGAAGGUCAGGUUGCAAUAUGGGAUCUAAGGAAAUUUGAGAAGCCAGUUUUGACUUUGACUGAGCAGCCAAAGCCCUUAACAAAAGUAGCAUGGUGUCCAACUAGGACUGGUCUGCUUGCCACUUUGACAAGGGAUAGUAAUAUUAUUAGAUUAUAUGAUAUGCAGCACACACCCACUCCCAUUGGAGAUGAAACUGAGCCCACAAUAAUUGAAAGAAGUGUGCAACCUUGUGACAAUUACAUUGCUUCCUUUGCUUGGCAUCCAACAAGUCAAAAUCGAAUGAUAGUUGUAACUCCCAACCGAACAAUGUCUGAUUUCACUGUUUUUGAAAGGAUAUCUCUUGCCUGGAGCCCAAUAACAUCUUUAAUGUGGGCUUGUGGUCGUCAUUUGUAUGAAUGUGCAGAAGAAGAAAAUGAUAAUUCUUUAGAAAAAGAUAUAGCAACGAAGAUGCGCCUUCGGGCUUUAUCCAGGUAUGGACUUGAUACAGAACAGGUGUGGAGAAACCAUAUUUUAGCUGGAAAUGAAGAUCCACAGCUCAAGUCACUCUGGUAUACUCUGCACUUUAUGAAGCAGUAUACAGAAGAUAUGGAUCAGAAAUCUCCAGGAAACAAAGGAUCAUUGGUUUAUGCAGGAAUUAAAUCAAUUGUAAAAUCCUCUUUGGGAAUGGUGGAAAGUAGCAGACAUAAUUGGAGCGGUUUGGAUAAGCAAACUGAUACUCAGAAUUUAAAUGAAGAGAGAAUUUUAGCUUUACAGCUUUGCGGGUGGAUAAAGAAAGGAACGGAUGUAGAUGUGGGGCCAUUUUUGAACUCCCUUGUACAAGAAGGGGAAUGGGAGAGAGCUGCUGCUGUGGCAUUGUUCAACUUGGAUAUUCGACGAGCAAUCCAAAUCCUGAAUGAAGGAGCAUCUUCAGAAAAAGGCGACCUGAAUCUCAAUGUGGUAGCAAUGGCUUUAUCGGGUUACACAGAUGAGAAAAACUCCCUUUGGAGAGAAAUGUGCAGCACUCUACGACUACAGUUAAAUAACCCAUAUCUGUGUGUCAUGUUUGCAUUUCUGACAAGUGAAACAGGAUCUUAUGAUGGAGUAUUGUAUGAAAACAAAGUUGCUGUACGUGACAGAGUGGCAUUUGCUUGUAAAUUCCUUAGCGAUAGUCAGUUAAAUAGGUAUAUUGAAAAGUUGACCAACGAAAUGAAAGAGGCUGGAAAUUUGGAAGGAAUACUGCUUACAGGCCUUACUAAAGAUGGAGUGGACUUAAUGGAGAGUUAUGUCGAUAGAACUGGAGAUGUCCAAACAGCAAGUUACUGCAUGUUACAGGGUUCUCCUUUAGAUGUUCUUAAAGAUGAAAGAGUCCAGUACUGGAUUGAGAAUUAUAGAAAUUUAUUAGAUGCCUGGAGGUUUUGGCACAAACGAGCUGAGUUUGAUAUUCACAGGAGUAAGUUGGAUCCCAGUUCUAAACCUUUAGCACAGGUGUUUGUGAGUUGCAAUUUCUGUGGCAAGUCGAUCUCCUACAGCUGUUCAACUGUGCCUCAUCAGGGCAGAGGUUUUAGUCAGUACGGUGUCAGCGGUUCACCAACAAAAUCUAAAGUCACAAGCUGCCCUGGCUGUCGAAAACCCCUUCCUCGAUGUGCGCUUUGCCUCAUUAAUAUGGGAACACCUGUUUCUAGCUGUCCUGGAGGAUCCAAAUCAGAUGAAAAAGUAGACUUGAGCAAGGAUAAAAAAUUAGCUCAAUUUAACAACUGGUUCACAUGGUGUCACAAUUGCAGGCAUGGUGGACAUGCUGGCCAUAUGCUUAGUUGGUUCAGGGACCAUGCAGAGUGUCCCGUUUCUGCAUGCACAUGUAAAUGUAUGCAGUUGGAUACAACAGGAAAUCUGGUACCUGCAGAGACUGUCCAGCCAUAAAAUGUUACCAUCUAAAGAGAAACCUUCAAGUGUGGAGCUUUCUAAUCGAUGUCCUUCAUAGCUCAAAAACGUACCUCAGAACAAGUCACUCGUGACUUUCCUGUAAUGGGAAAAUAAAUCAUUCUAUCAAAUCAGCAAUUUGAUGUUUGAGUGAUUUUGAUGUGCUUCACAGAGACAAACGCUGCUCAAGUGAACAGAGUGUGGGCAUGAAUUCUGUUCAGUAGGUUGAAAAAGUUCAUUGUGGAAGAGUUUUAUAGGGUUUGUCAAAAUUAUGAACACUUUGCAAGCAGAGUUUUUGGAAUAACCAAGAACAGACUUUGAACCUGUAUCUUCUAUGCUGAGAUUGGAUCUGUAUAUCUUUUAAAAUAGAAUAAAGUGACCAAUUUUUACCUUUAGAACUGGAGAGCCCUUACUCCACACUGGAGAAUAAAUUUCAUCAAGGUAUGGUUGGUAUAUAUGUUUUAAAGAGUCCAUUCCCUCGUACACUUUCAUUUCAAGAUAAGAAAUCUUCUGGCACAGAUCAUUAUUGUCUUCCUAAGAAAAGCCAGAAUUGAAAAUGCAUCUUACAACUUUUUCUCCUCUGAAGAGAAAAAUAUGUACCAUUUCAGGGGAACAUGUUCUGAAAUUUUCAGUUUUUCAGCCUUUUGUUUUCCAGUGUUCUCAUUUGUCUUCAAAGAUCCUCUCCAUGUUAAUUCAUCAUCUUAUGCCCAUGAUCUGCAAACAUUUUGCUGAACACAAAGUCUAUGCAAGAUUAUUAUAUGUGACCAACCAUUCAGCUUCACCUACUUCAGUAUGUCCUACUGUCAAAUCCCUCCUAUUUUGGAAUACCCGGUUUUUUCUAAGGUUGUGGAAAGCAGAGUCACUUUGGAGAUGAUUAUACUUUAAAUGUAAGUUUCUAAAAGUAUAUUUGGGCAAAUUCAGGAGCUUUAUUUAAAAAUUUUAUUCUUUCCCUUUUCAUAGCUAGAUAGUUGGGAGAGAAAUAGCAAAGGGUUUGUAGCAUGCUUCUCUGUUAUCUGACUUACGCAGAGUAUUGAACUGAAUUUCGUAGUUGAAGUUGUAUUCAUAGAUAAAAUAAGCAUAAAUCUUAAUUAUUAUAUAGAUUUUGGAGAAAAAUAUCUUAAGCUAAAGAAUUUUCAGAGCUUUCAUGCUAGCAGUUUUACUUGAUAGAAUUAAUAUAUUUAUUUUGAGGUGUGACCUAAAUACUGAACAAAAGUGGAUUCAAUUUAUUUUUUACUUUGAGAUCUGAUACAAAAGACCCUUUUUAGGGAAAAUAUUGUAUAUCUAUUGCAUAUCUACUGUAAACAUCUCACCUAGAUGACAGUCUUCUUUUAAAUUGAAAGAAUAUAUAUAUAUAUAUAUAUAUAUUUUUUUUUUUUUCCAAAGAUUUCUAUAAAGGGGACUUUUUCCAGUCUUCUUCUAAGUAAAUCUUCCUGACUUUAUUUUACUUAAAUGUAACCUUUAUCUUUACCUUUAAAAUUGCUUCAGUUGAAGUGUUCCUUUCAAAUUUACUAUGCCAAAUCAGCUUAAAGUAAUGUCAAACUAUCGUAAUACAUUUUCAUUUCUCCUUAACUAAAGUUAAGAUAGAAUUACUGAACUUAUAUUUAUAAUCGGGUUAUACCUAAAAUGUUUAUAAUUUUGGGAAGUACAGUAUAAUAAAACAAAAUCUAGUAUAUAAAUCUGCUUGUAAUCAUAUAGGAUGACAUUUUUAAGAUUCCUUAUGCCUGUGUCAGUCUCCUGAUAUUUUCUCUGAAGCCCAAAUAUUCAUAUGUCUAUUAUAUUUGUUUUGCAUUUCAAUGUAUGUGGACCAUGAAAAUAGAUUCAAAUUAUUUUUCCAUUUUUAUUCUUAGUCACUGGUGUUUGGGAUUAUAAACUCAAGGUAUUUUACCUAAACAUGUUCAAUAGAAGUGUUUAAUAAAAAUGUUUUUAUUACUUUUUAAAAAAUUGAAUAAAUUUGGGUUGAAGUCA